GAGUUUCCCCGACAGCUGGAGGCUGCGUGGGAUCCGGCGGCUGCUCCGAGCUCGGUGGUGCGGCCUUCCCCGCCCCCUCUUUCCCUCCUCCCCUGCCCGCUUCCGCCCGGCUUAUUAUCCUCCUUAUUGACAAACAGAGCAGCCGCGGCGGCGACUCUCAACGUGCAUCUGUAGCCAAGCCAUGGGAGACAAGAAGAGCCCCACCAGGCCGAAGCGGCAGCCGAAGCCGUCCUCGGAUGAGGGUUACUGGGACUGUAGCGUCUGCACCUUCCGGAACAGCGCCGAGGCCUUCAAGUGCAUGAUGUGCGAUGUGCGGAAGGGCACCUCCACCCGAUCCACAUUCUUUGAAGUUAUUGUGAAUGCCUCGAGGACCAAGGAACCGUUGAAAUUUCCAAUUUCAGGAAGGAAACCUCGGCCUGUCUCCCAGUUGGUUGCACAGCAGGUUACUCAGCAGUUUGUGCCCCCUACACAGUCAAAGAAAGAGAAAAAAGAUAAAGUAGAAAAAGAAAAAAGUGAAAAGGAAACAACUAGCAAAAAGAACAGUCAUAAGAAAACCAGGCCAAGAUUGAAAAAUGUGGAUCGGAGUAGUGCUCAGCAUUUGGAAGUUACCGUUGGAGAUCUGACAGUGAUUAUUACAGACUUUAAGGAGAAAACGAAGUCACCACCUGCAUCUAGUGCUGCUUCUGGAGAUCAACACAGUCAGAGCGGCUCUAGCUCUGAUAACACAGAGAGGGGAAUGUCCAGGUCAUCUUCACCCAGAGGAGAAGCCUCAUCAUUGAAUGGAGAAUCUCAUUAAAGUUUAUUUUCUCCAAUUUCUUAGUCCCUUCUCUGUCAUACCAUGCGAAUACACAGAUUAUGCCAAGAAUUACCACAUUUUCAUGACAAACAUACUCAUGCACAAUCCAUAAUUUGCGUUUUACAUACAAUAGAAAUUCGUUAGAAUUUGUUAGAUUUUAUUGCAAUCUGUGCCUACCAAACAUUUCCAGACUUUAACAUUUUGGUCUCCACAGUUAAAGGUGCCAUGAAAAUGUGUUUGAAUUAUUCAUUAUGCAGUGUUAUUGGUAAGUCUAUUUUCACUUUUAGUUUAGUGAAUUCUAACACAUAAAUCUUGAAUUCUCUACUAUUGGCAUGUAACGAAUUUAAAUUUUUAUAACAUAGUGCAAGCUGCCUAAAUAUGUAUUAUUUGAGAAUUGUGAAGCAAAUAGUUAUAUGUAUACAAGUCAAAGAUCAACUUAAUCAACUGUUGCUGCAACAGGAUUUCUUAAUGGUUAUCCUCUUAAUACACCUGCUGGUACUUGGUGUGGUUAAAUAGGAAAGUUGUUAUUAAAUAAAGAAUUUGUAUGAACCAUUGCCAAUGUUUUUGACACAUUUUACUUAAUUAUUUUUCCUGAAUUAUAUUUCUGGUUUUAUCUGUUUUUUUUGUUGUUUUGUUUUUCCCUUAUCUUUCAAAACAUUCAUUUAUUGUAAUGUUUACUCUUAGAUAAGUAAACAAUAAAACAUUGAUUAUUUAGCUUUAUAAUUUAGGUUUAGUGCUAUUGUCAUUGAACACUGGUAUUUUCUAUAUUACAUAAAAAAUUAAAGUUCAAAUAAUUAUAAACAUUUGGCCAAUGCAGAAGAGAAAAGAAACCUGCCAUAUUUUAAAAGCUGUAAUUUUGGAAAAGCUUUAACUUAAUAGUUCUAUCACUGUUUCCUUGCCCCAAACUUUAUCCAGGGUUAUAGGAGUAUGAAUCUAACUAAUAAGAAAUGAGAACUGUUGCACAGAACUGGGGAAAAAAUAGUCUUACAUCAAUUUAAUUGGCCUCUUAUUAACUGUAACAAUUCUUAUGAAAAUCACAGUGCCCUAUUUUCAGAUACAACUGCCAGUUUAUGCAUUUAUCAAUACCCCUAAAUAAAAAGUAUUUACAGCCCUGCUUACUAUUAUGCAAAGUUAUGAAUAAAAUAUUUUUAUGACUACAGAUUUUGCAUUUUUGUUUACAACUAAUAAAGUGUUUUAUGUUAUAUUUAAAAAUCAAACCUAGAAACCACACAUUACUUCUUAAAUUCUCCUAGGGUCUCCUGCUUUUUCUUAGCCAUUUGCUUAAUAUAUAGCCACCUGUAGGAGACUUCUGCAAUAUAAAUGAACUUAAAAACAUAAGUUGGAUACAAAAUAACACAUAAAGACAUGAUAACAUUUUAAGAAAAAAAUAAAGCUGUAGACCCUGACAGUUGUGAUAUUUGGUGGUUUCACGUGGCAAUGUAAUUUUCUGUUUAAUUGCAGUACUUUUUACAGGCACAAUGGUACUGUCUUAUUUGUAAGAUGUAGUUGUGAAAAACAGUUAAUUGCAUACAGUAAAAGUCUGUGAUUAAAGC